GGGAAGGCUGCGGACCAGUGCUCGUCUAGCUGUUUGUCUUUGGGGCAUUCAAUCUCUGGGAGCCGGCAACCGGGCGAGAUGAGUUCCGGCAACUUCGAGCUGAUCUUCGACCAAGUCGGACACUUUGGCAGAUUCCAGGCAUUUGUCUACUUUGCAUCAGUUUUCCAAACUAUCUCUUGUGGCAUCCAUUACUUGGCUUCUGUGUUCAUGGCUGUCACCCCCAAGUUUUCCUGUGGAGUCCUGGGGAACAUAAGUCAGGUCCUCUUUUAUAAUUCAUCUGUCUUGAAGAUAGAAGAUGCCUGGCCACUGUUCACACCAGGCCAAGAGGAUUACUUGGUAGUGCAGUUGCAGAAUGGAGAUGUUUGGGAACUUGCUCAGUGCAGUAGGUCCAAAAGAGAAGAUCCUUAUUUUGAGUACCAAUAUGAUGGUAACAAAUCUGACUUUCCUUGCACUGAUGGCUACUUUUAUGAUCAUACCAAGUGGAAGAGUACUGUGGUGACUGAAUGGGAUCUGGUCUGUCACCGGGAUUGGUUUGCAAAAUCCAUCCAACCUACUUUCAUGCUUGGAGUCCUUCUGGGAGCAGUAAUUUUUGGUUACCUUUCAGAUAGGUUAGGAAGGCGGUUUGUAAUAUGGUCCACAAGCACUGGGCAGUUCUUCCUGGGAGUUGCAGUGGCUUUUACAUUUGACUAUUACAGUUUCAUAGCUGUACGCAUUCUUCUUGCUAUGGCUGCCAGCGGGUAUCUGGUGGUGGUAUUUGUUUAUGUGACAGAAUUCAUUGGUACUAAAGUGCGGACAUGGGCAUCUAUGCACGUCCAUGCCUUUUUUGCGGUUGGCAUUAUGGUAGUGGCUCUGACAGGAUAUUUGGUUCGAACUUGGUGGCUCUAUCAGAUUAUUCUUUCUGUGACAACUCUUCCCUUUGUCUUAUGCUGCUGGGCUUUGCCUGAAACACCGUUUUGGCUUCUCUCAGAAGGAAAAUAUGAAGAAGCACAGAAAGUAAUUGAUAUGAUGGCAAAAUGGAAUGGAAGAAGCCCUUAUAAUGUGUCUGACCUGCUUUCAGUAGAACAUGACAAUGGAAAUAACAUUGGUACCACCACUGGAAAUAUUGUGUCUGGAACAAAAAGUCGUAAUAUUCUUCAUCUAUUUUAUAACUGGAAUAUUACAAGAAGGACCCUCACAGUCUGGCUCAUUUGGUUUACUGGCAGUUUGGGAUACUAUGUAUUUUCUUUGAGUUCUGUUAACCUGGGAGGCAAUGAAUAUUUAAACCUCUUCCUCAUAGGUGCUGUGGAACUUCCUGCUUAUGUUAUUGCUUGUCUUGGAAUGGACAGAAUUGGAAGAAAAAAUACUCUCACACCAUUUCUUAUCUGUAGUGCCCUGAUUUGUGCCAUGAUUAUGCUGAUCCCCCAGCAUUGCAAUGUUUUGAAUGUUUUAGCAAAUAUGGCAGGAAAAUUUGCCAUUGGCAUUGCAUUUGGUCUCAUUUACCUGUAUACUGCAGAGCUUUAUCCAACAUUCAUAAGGUCUCUCGCGGUAGGAAGUGGUAGCAUGAUGUGCCGUAUUGGAAGCGUGAUUGCACCUUUCUGUGUUUAUCUCACAAGUGUGUGGAUCUUCAUGCCACAGUUGCUGGUUGGUAUUAUGGCCUUUCUGACUGGAAUGUUAACACUGAUGCUCCCUGAAACUCUUGGGAAACCUUUAACUAACACUUGGAAGGAAGCUGAAAAACUAGGAGAGAAGAAAACCAUUUUUUCUGCUGACUCACCUCCUACAACAAAUAAUAUGAACUCAGGAAAAAUAGAGAUGGUUCAUCAAGGGGCAGCUGGUGCUCAUGGAUAAGAGAGUAAUAUUUGGCUAUCAUUUGAAAAAUCAUUAAUCAUUAAUGCCAUCUUACUAGAACUCCUCUUCCAUGUAUUUGUAUUCAUGCUUUUUAAUUUUAUAUGGAGUUUUGGACACUAUUUUCUAUGAAUAAAGAAAUUUUAUAAAAACAA